AUGAAUAAACUAAUACUUAUAGGUAUUUAUCUAUAUUUAAAUAUUUUUACAAUAAGUGCUUAAUUUGAUGGAGCAAGGACAGUGCUUUCUUUAGAUCUUUUAAAUAAAGUAAAAGAUGAAACAUACGAUGAAUUAUUUUCAAACUAAAAGUUAUCAUUUAUCAUAUAACCUUAUGAAUUAAAUGGAUUAGCUCGGCUAACAGACACUAUAGUAGAUAUUUCAAUCAGAAAGGAAGACAUUUAGGUUUAAGGUGAUAAAAAUUAGCUUGGAUUGUUAGUUUAAAGGGCUGAUAUCUAACUUUCUGCUAAUUUAAACGUAGCUUCCUUUAGCUAGAGUCUUAGAAUAUCUCCUAGCUGCUCUUUUUACCUCCUUUUUUCAUUUUAUAAAAAUGAGGGUAACUAACUUUUACUAGAAAAAAUUGAUAUAGAAGAAUUUUAUUUGAGUGAAGAAGGAAUAAGCUUACCUUUUUACUUCAAGAGCAGUAAGUAAUAUAUUACUAAGCUUUUGUAGUUAGAAAUCAAAAACUACUUAUAAAGCCAUUAUAUAACUCGUAUAGUUGAUAAUAUCAAUUAAAAAUUAAUAGAGAUAAACUCUAUUGUAGUUAUCCCUAACACUCAUGUUAAGACUUAAAUGAAUUUUUAAAUUCCAGUAAUAAAUAAAUCAUUACUAGCUUUAGAAACAAAUUUUUAGUUUUCAGGUGAUUAAAAUUUGAUUAAUAAAAGCUAACCCCAAUAGCAAUCAAAGCUUUUUGAAUAGAUUGCGUUAUUUGAGAACUUUUAGUCAGAUUUUACUCUUUAGAUUAGUUAAAUUUGCAUUCAAAAUUUAAUGGAAUCGUUAUUUUAUCACAAGGAUCUUAACUAAGAAGUUAAGUUAUCACUAAGUUAUUAGAAUUAAAAGAUAUUAAAUUUAAAUUUAUUUUUCCUUGGAAUAUCAAAUCAUCUUUUUGAAGACCAAUAAAUAAUUGUCAGCAUUACAUCAACAUCUCCCCCAAAAAUAAAUCUGAUUAAAAACUCUCACAUCCAGUUAUUUUCAGAACAACUAAUAGAUUUCAAAGUGAAUUUAGAAGGACAUGAUAUUAGUCUGUUCAAAUUAAAAACAAAUAUCAACUUAAAAAUAUCCCUAAAGUUAGAUAAAAAGAAUAACAUUUCUUUCGCACUUGAGGACUUUAAAUUUGAAGACUUUUAAUUUUUUGUAAAUGAAAAAGAAAAAUCAUCAAUAAAAAUUAUUUAACCAAUAAUUGAGUAUGAGCUUGGAAAUAUUUUGAAAAAUAAAUUAUCUAACUAAUAAAUUAUAGUUUCUAACUAAUUCUUUAACUUGUAAAAUGCUUAAUUACAAGUAAAUGAAGAUUAAAUAUAAGUAUAAGGGAAUAUAUCAUUCCAAAAAAUAGCAUAAAUGUGA